GCGCGGAGAUUUCCUGUGCAGUACUGCAUUUGAAUCUUGCCGCCAAAAGUUGAGCGUCCAUCUUAGUUUCAAAAAAUUCCGCACACAGAUGGCGCGCCUUUCACCGCGUCCUUACGCUAAGAGUGCAUAGUCAUCAUUCGUUCCGCGGCCUUGAUACAUGGUGCAUUUUUCGAAAUUUUAGAUACAGGUGUGUGGUCAAUUUACGAAAUCGCAAUUUACGGAAUGAAAAGACGAUCGCUAUUUAGCACAGAAGAUCAGCAACUUCAUAUAAAUCCUCAUUUGUUUUUUAAUGUUAAUUUUUUUCCCGUAAAUUGACAACCAACCACAGUCAUCAUGCCAGUCGUUCCUUAUGAUAAACAGUAUUUCGAGAGGCAUAUUGAGAGUUUGUGAAACUUGUAUACAUUCCUAAAUGGAUGUCAUCGUAAUUUCCAACUUCAUGACACCGGGGGAUUGUUUGAUAUUACGCCGGGAAGGACUUCGCUUCGAUUCAUAUGCCCCAUCGAUAUUACUAUUGACCCUCGGGCAAUUCAUUGAAGAUGUUGGCGGAGUAAGAACGUUCAGAGAAGGAUUUCCGAAUCAACUUAAUCCAACUGUAUGUGGAAUACAUUGUUCAAGGCAAACGUAUUCAAUGUUUCAUUUGGAUGUCAAAUCAAUUGGAGCAAUUUGCGUGAAUGCGGCUGCUGUUCUUGGGGCCUUGGUUUUCCAUAAAAGCAUUGAAAACCAUGAUAUUCUUAUCUACAUCAGAUCGUCAGUUCGCCGCAGGGGAAGAGUUCUCGUCGCGGCGUUGAAUGCUCUUAAUAAAAUAGAAGAGAAUGAGGAGACGGCGGCCAUGGCAAGGCGAACUUUUCGGGAACAUAUUACCGUCAGGUGUUCAGAAGUUUAUAAGCAAAAAAAAAAGCAAUGAAGAAAAGAAAAUAUGAGGAUAGCGACGAAAUAUCUUCAUUUGCAGAACUAUCGGAUGCUUUUAUUAAUCAAUAUUGUGACAAAAAUAUUUCAUUUU